AUGACGAGCUUAAAUAGCGAUGCCCACUUCACAAAGCCAUCGAUUAAGCGCGAGGCACUUCGGGCCCUCGCCAUUAUAACACUAGACGGCGAGUUUGACGACGUCGAGUUUGACGACGUCGAGCACUGUGGCAACCGUGGAAGUUUAAGCUCGCCGACGAAAAUCAGCGAGUUCACGAUCAACGAAGUCUUGGAUAGGAUACACGCUGUAGCCACUCAGGCUUGUCCUUGA